UCAUCUUUAACCAAAUCAACAUCUAUAUGAACACAGAGACACCUAUCUCAAUCCCCAUUUAAUACUUAACCUAAGAUAAGAUGGUGCACCAAUCCAUCGUCAUUUUAUCGAUUAUCUCAUACCCCCUCUUUCUGCUAAUCCAAUGGCGCUUCUCCUCUGUCGUCGCCGUAGCUUCGAUCCUAUUGGCAUGCAUCGCGUUCCCUCGCUGCUCCGUCUCGAAACCCAAGAAUUUGCCUCCGGGCCCACCGAGAUGGCCCAUCGUCGGCAACCUCCUCCAAUUGGGCCGCCUCCCUCACGGGGACCUGGCCUCUACGUGUCGAAAGUACGGCCCCCUCGUCUACCUCCGCCUUGGCAACGUCGACGCCAUCACCACCUCCGACCCCUCUGUCAUCCGCCAGAUCCUCCUCCAGCGGGACGAAGUGUUUGCGUCCCGGCCUCGGACCCUCGCCGCCGUCCACUUGGCAUACAACUGCGGCGACGUGGCCUUGGCCCCGCUAGGCCCGCGUUGGAAGAGGAUGAGGAGGAUUUGCAUGGAGCACCUAUUGACCACAAAGCGCCUGGAUGCGUUUGCGAGGCACCGGGCCCACGAGGCCCAACACUUGGUCCGGCAUGUUUAUGGGCUUUGCUGGGACGGGGAUCGGGCCGGGAUCAACUUGAGGGAAGUGCUGGGUGGAUUCUCCAUGAACAACGUGACGAGGAUGCUGCUGGGGAAGCAAUAUUUCGGGGCCGGAUCUUCGGGCCCCCAAGAAGCCACAGAGUUCAUGCACAUAACCCACCAGCUGUUUUGGCUCCUGGGGGUGAUCUAUCUGGGGGACUACCUGCCGUUCUGGAGGUGGAUCGAUCCCCAUGGGUGCGAGAAGAAGAUGGAGGAGGUGGAGAAGAGAGUGGAUGACUUCCACACCAAGAUCAUCGAAGAACACAGGAGAGCCAGAGAGGCGAAAAUGGAGGGACUCGCAGGUGACUCCGACAUGGACUUCGUCGACGUUCUUCUGUCUUUGCCCGGCGAAGAUGGAAGAGACCACCUGGACGAUGUGGAGAUCAAAGCUCUCGUUCAGGAUAUGAUAGCGGCUGCCACCGAUACCUCGGCCGUGACCAACGAAUGGGCCAUGGCGGAGGUGAUAAGACAUCCGCGAGUCCAACGCAAGAUCCAGGAAGAGCUCGACUCGGUCGUGGGGCGCGAACGGAUGGUAUCGGAACCCGACCUGGUGCACCUGAAUUACCUGCGCUGCGUGGUGCGAGAGACCUUCCGGAUGCACCCGGCUGGGCCGUUCCUCAUCCCACACGAGUCCGUCAGGGACACCACCCUCAACGGCUAUCACAUCCCCGCCAGGACGAGGGUCUUCGUCAACACCCACGGGCUGGGCCGGAACCCCGACGUCUGGGACGACGUCGAGGACUUCAGGCCCGAGAGGCACUGGCCGGAGGACGGGAGCCGUGUCGAGAUAAGCCACGGGCCCGACUUCAAGAUCCUGCCCUUCAGCGCGGGGAAGAGGAAGUGCCCCGGGGCGCCGCUUGGCACGACUCUAGUCCUGAUGGCCCUGGCCCGGCUCUUCCAUAGCUUCAACUGGAGCCCGCCCGAUGGGCUGAGGCCCGAGGACAUCGACACGGCCGAGGUAUACGGGAUGACCAUGCCCAAGGCCCGGCCGUUGGCGGCCGUGGCCCGGCCACGCCUGCCCGAACAUCUGUACCUCUAAAUUUGCAAAUAAAGCAAAGUGAACAUGCCCCCCCAACCUGCUCUUUCCAAAGG